AUGGCUAACUGCUGCGCAAAAUGGCGGCUUAAAUCUUCGCUCCAGCAUAUAGGUUCCAUGAAAUAGAUUAAUUGAGAAGCUGAAUCUCUAUUUCACACCCCCAUACCUAAUCAUGUGUCACAGCAAGCAUAGGAAGACUGCGUCUAAAGAUGCCAAGCUAAAGUUUUUUGGUUUUUUUAGCUAAAAACUUGGCCUAGCAUCACAAGCCUUGCAGGCCGCUUCACAAGAUGGCGGAGGCUCGUUGGAUGAUAAGAGCCCACUCUUUGACCUGGGGCAAGUCAAGUCUGGCGAAAACAUUACCAAGCAAUGUCUCCACAAAGUCCUAGACACCUUAUCCACCAAACGAAUACACUCCUGGAUGGCCAGUGUGGACACGCUGCGCAAGAACCUUCUGGACCUGGUUGUGAGAACAAUACAUACAGAAACCAAAAUGGCUAAAUACGCAACGGCUCACAACGAUCUAGCUGACCAUGUGCAGCAACACAUAGAAUCUCUGGAAUCAAAGGUGAUUUGA